AUGGCAGACCCAAUAGCCAGACUCGUUAAAAAGGACCAAUACAACGAGCAAUUCUUCUUCGAGCAGAGAGACUUGACGAGCUCGAAGCUGAAGCCGUCGUCAGUUCGCAUCCAAGCACGGCUUCUCGGCCUCUCGGCCAAUAACCUAUCAUAUUGUGCCCUGGGCGACCAGCUUCAUUGGUAUGAUGCCUUCCCAAUUCCGGACACGCUCCCGACCCCAUACCGCAACUCUGACGAGUACGCGGUUGCACCUGGCUGGGGAUACGCAGAGAUACUCGAAAGCACGAUUGAGGAGCUGAAACCCGGGAGACGGCUUUACGGCUUUAUCCCCACUUCGAAUAUGGUGACCGACCUGAAACUAAAGCCAUCCGAGCUAGGGGCUCCGGGCCACUGGACAGAAUGCAGUGAGCAUCGAGCUCAAGUAAUGGCGAUCUAUUCUCGAUAUUUUGAGGCUGAAGGCGAUUUUGCGCUAGGAAGCAGCGAAUAUGCACGGCUUUGGAAGGCAGCUUUGUUUCCAGCAUGGAAGUCAGGGUACAUUCUCAACAAAUUCGUGUUCGCUUCAUAUCCAGAGGAUCCAGUCGUCUCGUCGAUGCCUUCAACGGUGCCGUGGUCGAAGGCAGAUGCCGAUCUAACGCAAGCAGUGGUCAUCACGCUCGGUUCGCGGAGCAAGACCUGUCGGUCAUUCGUGCACCAGCUGGCCACCAGUCGGGCUCCGGGCACAGGACCUAUUGCAUUGGUCGAAGUCAGCAGUACGCGAGAACCCACCGUGCCUAUCUCUAAGUGGUCUUUCCAGCAUCGUGUUGUGACAUAUGAGGAUGCCAGCACGAAGACCUCUCUGCAGGAAAUUGCCGAGCUUGGAGCCAAGAAAGUCGUCAUUCUGGACUUUGCCGGCCGGGGCACGGCGCUGGAGCACAUCCAUGGCUUCUUCCAAAAGCUCAAUCCUGCUGUUCAAGUCACCCUGAUCGGCAUAGGCUCAGGACAUGGCAAGGUCUUCAGCAAAGAUGACCUGCAGGCAAGGAUGGAGCGUAGUAGUAAGCUGGAGUCAUUGCCGAUGAAUGCGACCGACAUCAUUGACGCGGUCAUUGACAAGAUUGGGGAGGAGAAGACGUAUGAGCUGAUCCAUAGGGAGUGGCAUCGCGUAACAGCUGAACAGCAAAAGAGCAACGAUGGUGCCGCCAACACGUUCCUGGGCAUGGACCUAGAUGUUCGAGGGGGCGUUCGUGAAGAGGGUCUGGAGAAGGUAUGGUCCCAAUUGUGCGAGGGGCAGGCGACGGGGAACACGGCUUGUGUGGUGAAGCUGUGA